GAAUCCAUAGGCGGACAAGGCAUCAUGACGCUAGAAAAAGUAUUGUUGAUGGGCUUUUUGCUACUGGGUAUUUCAAUUUUCGCUGGUGAGGCAAAAGGUUUGGACGAAACCUGUACACCUCAAACAGGUGGUGCAGCAGAUGAAUGUGCGGUCACCAAUUCGGAGUGUAAAACUGACAAAUGUGUAUGCAAAGACGGAUUUAUAAAAGAAAACUCAGCAUGCCCAAAGGCAUUAGACCAAACGUGUACGGAUACAAACGAAUGUGUCACUAAUUCGAAGUGUGAUGGAGAAGAUGGAUCUAAAACAUGCACUUGUAACGACGGCUUCUUCAUAAAAGAGGGGUUAUGCUCAAAGGAUGUUGAUGGAAUUGAUUGCGGAACAGAAACAACAGCAUGUGACAAUAUAGGGAAUGCAGUAUGUGACACAGAGGCUGGUAAAUGUAAAUGUAAGCCUGAUUACGUGAUGAAUGUUGCCAAAUGUGAUCCAAAAAAUGCUGCCUCAACCAUUGGAUUCGGCGCCAUGUCACUAGCGUUGCUACUUUCGACAGCUUCUUUUGUGUUGUUCUAAAGAAAUUUAAAAAAUCGUUAUGUUUCCGGAAAAUGUGCAGUGAAUUAUUCUGACCUUCUGUUUGUUUUUAUGUAUUCGUUUGUAAAAGACAUUUUUUCUUUAUUAUUGCCGUACAUGCACUUGAUUUACUUCGAACUAUAAUAUGGUUUCAGGAUAUUUUAAUUGGUAUUAUGAAUUCAUUAAGUUCAUAGUUAUACACUUUACAUCACAAUCCCUAUCUAUCGAUGUUGCUUAUUACAUUUAUAUGCAAAUACACUAUGGAUUUCAAGAAUUCAUAUACAAAUAAUGGAAACAAUAUCUGCAUACAAGUUAUUCACAACUGCAAAUGAUUCCACAAUAGACUUUAUAGAGUGUUGAUGUUUAAAGUUAUUUUCUUUUGAAUACUUCUUUAUAUUUGUUAUAUAAUUUAUUAUGUUGUCUUUAUCCUUCUAUAUUUUGUUGAUUUGUUUGCUAGGAGUGAAGUGUUGAAUCUUACCACUGUUAAUUUUAAGUGAGGAUAAACGUUUACUAUAUGAAUAUAUUUUUGGUUAAUCAUGCUGCUUUAUUUCAUACAGAGUUAAGUAUGUAAAAACCAAAAUGGUUACUAAUCGGUACUGAGUAUCAUCCAGAAUCGCGUGAUGUGCGUAUAGAAUGUUUCGAUAAAGCUCGCAAAGUUACCUUUCUACAUACACAUAUCAAAAUAUUAACUUGUAUUGUUUAAUAUAGUUUUGUUAACAUAACAAGGUUUGUGUGUAACUUGACAUAAAAGACACUUUUUUGAGGAAAAACAAAGUUAUUUUUAAAAGAAUAAAUAAGGUAGGUUGGCCUUUCAGUAUCAUAAACAUAUGACCUAAUAAGUGUUUACGUCACUGGAUGAUAUUCCUGACGAACGCCAUGUGAUUAUGGCUAAACGUAAGUGCUCAUUUAAAAUAUAUAUAAUACAUAAGAAUAAAAUAGAAUUAACAUCUAACAUCAAGAUGUUUUAAACUGAUUAACUUGAGUGCGUUCAUGCCGUUGAAUGAAGACACUAUAGCAUAAAUACACUUUUUCUAUUAAAUUCUUUGUUAAUGAUGAUAUAAUUUUAAAAAGAAAAUGUACAUGCAUAAUAUUUCUAUAAUAAUAAACGGUUGCAACUUGAAAA